AUGGAGGGCCGAGGAUUGACUUUGCGAAGUAAAUCUCGCCGGCAGCGGCCUCAGAUCAGUGCUCCUAAGCCUAUCUCCGGGCCAUUGCCUGCGAAUACCAGGUCACCCGAGUCCAGCCAGGCCGAUGUCCCCUCUACUCGAGAGCGGGCACCCCCAAACGAUGCGACUUCGGAUUUAGUGAAACGACGAUACUCGACGCGAUUCAACAAUGUGCCUGAGUUCGAUGCCGGUGCUCCCCCUGUUCCGGCACUCCCAACACAGAUGCCUGGAGGGUUCGGCCUACCUCCACAAGCUGUGCUGAGACAACCAUCCCCAGCCGAUCCCAAUUCCCCGGUGCCGAAAGUAGAUCUCAAUGUGCUACGAGACCCCAGUCUUCCAGUUGAUCGAUAUGUCGCCAGCCUUCUCGCCAACGCGUCCGAGGAAGACAUCCAGAAAUACCAAGAAAGUCUGCGCAAAGUCAAGAACCGAACCUCUACCGACUUGCAACAGAAUGUCUACCAGAACCGCACUCAAUUCAUAAAGAUCAGUAAAGAGGCCGAGAAGCUCAAGGAUGAAAUGCGGACUCUUCGUACCCUCAUGGCGGAGCUUACAACGGCGCUGGGACAAACAAGCGUGGGAAAUACACCAAACCCUAUGUCCCCAGUCGAGGACUCUUUCCCAAAGCGCAAUGCCAACCGUAGUUCGGUCGCCAACUUGGAGAGCAUGUGGAGUGUGCAGCUCCAGACCCUAUGGAAGACGGUUGAAGGAUCGCAGAAGUUCCUACCCGCGGUGCCCGGACGGCACAUUGUCCUAGAGACAGGCAACUGGGCUGAGCUGGACUCAGCCACGUGGAAACCGAGACGGCCUGUCCACCUGGUGCUAUUAAAUGACCAUCUCCUUGUAGCAGCGAAGAAGCGCAAGCGAGUCGACCAAAGCCACCCUCACCAUCGCGGGCCCGUUCCAACAAAGCUAGUAGCGGAAGACUGUUGGCCUCUACAGGACAUCGACAUGAUCGAUCUUGGGGCUAAUUUGGGAACUGGAGAAGCACGUGAAGAAGCUUUAGACCGGGGCAUUGGUAAUGCCAUUACCAUCCGAGUUGGGUCAUCCAAGCCCUUCACUUACAGAAAUGAUAAGCGCGAUCCGUCGUUCAAACAAGAAUUGCUGGCAACCUUCCGCAAAACCGUCGAGGAUCUACGCCGUAACUUGCGAUCGGAGACUGAGGCGGCCAGCAAGCCUUUGGAAGGAUAUGGAUACCUCGCUGGCCGACACCUUUCGCAUUCACAAAAGGCAGAGUCAUUCGACCUUCCGGAUUCCACCAGGGACAAGUCUGAUUUGCGAAUCGACGUGGAUGGUAAACAACAGAACCUCCGGUGGGUGGAAGGACAGGUAGAUGAGCUUGAUAUCGAUAUCGCUUUACAGCGAUUCGAGGCAUCUGUGGCCAGCAUCGAAAGGUUACGGAAACUGGCCAAGGGACUGAAGGGCAACACUAUCGCACAAGAUGUCAUCAAUGUCAAGGUUGAUGGACGAGCAACUCGAUUGGGUGGCAUUCUCUCACGGGCGCUCGUGGACAAGCAUUCUUUCCCAGCGGCAACCAAAACCCAUGUCAGUUGGUUGACCCGCUUAGGGUUUGAGGAUCAGGCGCGCGAGACUUAUCUGAAAGCUCGCUCCGACGUGAUUGCUCAGCGCAUCCGAGCUUGCAUUUUCGAGGGUGAUCUUCCUCUAUACAUCUUCCAGAUUUCCUACGUCUACUUCACUCUCAUCAAGAAUACCAUUGGCAUUUACCAGCAAUGCUUCCCUAGCGUCAUGAGCAGUUCUUGUAUCCGAUGGGCUAAGCAUCAUCUGGAUGGAUUCAAUGCUCUGCUUAGUCGACAGCUCAGCAGCGUGCAGCGGGGCACCUCUGUCUGGCAAAAGUGCCUCGACAUAGUGCACGAGCAUGCAGCUCUCUUGAUGGAAGUCGGUGUGGAUUUUACGGACUUGGUGGCUCGAGGGUUGGAGGAGAAUGGCGAGGGUUCGCCUGACGGGCCUCGCACCGUUCAGCCAGGAGAGCUAGCGCAAGCACCCUCUCCAGCUACCAUGAUCUAG